AUGAUUGCCAAGUCUCCAGUCGAUCAAUCGCAUAUCAACCUCCAGGGCGGAUGGCCUACGCCGCGUUUGCAUCCGGUCGAGGCGCUAGAAUCUGCAUCUGCCGCAGUCUUCCGCCGAAACGACAUCAACAAGCAGCUCCUCUACGGCCCUGAACUAGGAAGUACCAGCCUACGAGAGUCAAUCGGGAAAUGGCUCAACGACUUUUACGCUCCAUCCGCUGGGUCCAUCCCAGGCGAGCGCAUCGUGAUCACAAAUGGCGCCUCUAACGGACUGGCAACCAUCCUGCAGAAGUUCACGGACCCCAGCACACGCGCUGUCUGGAUGGUCGAGCCGACGUACUUCCUCGCUUGUCCUAUUUUGAGAGAUGCUGGUCUGAUGGCACGCAUCCGUGGCGCACCCGAGAGUGAAGAUGGCGUGGAUUUGGACUUCUUAGCUAAAGCUCUCCAAGAAGUCGACAACGAAUGGCCGGCAGACGCGUCUUUACCGCCAAGAAAGCUUGAAAAGGCUGGCUACCCAAAGAUCUACAAACACGUCAUCUACCUCAUUCCGACUUUCUCCAAUCCAAGUGGAAAGACUAUGGGAAUCGAGAACAGAAGGAAGCUUGUGCAGUUGGCACGCAAGCACGAUGCAUUGAUUGUCACCGACGACGUGUACGAUAUGCUGAGAUGGUAUGCAGACGACAACGGCGAUACCUCGUCUGAGGAAAUACCUCAGUGUCAACCCCGAAUUGUGGACGUUGAUCGAGAUAUGGAAGGUGCUACUGUGUUUGGAAAUUCUGUGAGCAAUGGAUCAUUUUCCAAGAUCGUGGCCCCAGGUAUGAGGGUGGGCUGGCUAGAAGGCACUCCGGACUUUGUUGCCGCGAUGGGAACCGUGUAA